UGACAUAUGUAAUUUUUUCAACUGCCGCCGGUCGCCGAAUGCCAAAAGUGUCCAAAAAACUUAAUUUUAGUAGGUUAGACUUGUAUAAAAAUAUUAAAUUACAUUACACAUGUAAUUAAAUCGAGAUAACAAUGAGGCGUUCAGGGCAUGCCUUUGUUAUUUUGUUAGCGUUGUAUUUUUGUAAAUUAUCUUGUGACUGUGCUAAAAUAAACACGCCGCGAGUAUUGCUUCCAUGGUUUGAAAAUUUAAAUGUGAACUUUACCUUUGAGAUCAUUGGGGGUGGCUGCUAUAGUUGGAGUACUUCAAGAGAUGACAUCAUAGAUCUUGAGGCCUUGUACGAUGAUACGUGGGGCCACUGCUCGCGUGCAGCGCGUGUUACAGUGUCCAACACAUGUGUACCCCCGGGUUCUGUAAUAAUUUUCGCUGAGGAAGUUGACACGGGGGAGAUCUUACGUGGAGAUGUUGAUAUAGCUAAAAUCACUUCCUUGAAAAUUGUGAGUACAACAUGGAAGCUCUAUCUUGAAGAAGCACCAGAGGCCUUUGAGGUUGUUGCAAAUGAUGAUCAAGAUAAUACGUUUUCAACUUUAGAAGGAGUGAGUUUCACAUGGUCUAUCGAAAAUGUAGGGAGCACAUACGGAGAUGAACCCUUAGUGACGUUGGUCCGUUGGAGUGACACAGAUUAUGAAGCACCAAAAGGCAUCGCAGAACUGGAAGCUCAAGGUUUACGAUCGCAUUCAGUUCUACUUUACGGGCAGGCGAUGGGAGAAUCUCAAGUGACUGUUUGUCUUGGAAAAAUAUGUACAAGCUCUAAUUUACAUGUAGCUGCUAGUGUUGUAUUGACCCCAGCGGUGGCAUAUGUUGCACCUGGGGACAGUCUGUGUUACAAAGUUGUAAGAGUACGGGCUGGACGUUUAACCAUACAAGAUGUUGCUGAUACACUAUACACAAUGACAGUAGACAACACUGGUGUGGCGAUUCUGGAAGAUUCCAUAAGCUUAGUACGUGGCACACAACUUGGCACGUCACAUUUGUAUUUAAUGUCAGGAAUGACAGAAGUGUCCAAAGCAAUGUUAACUGUAGUUGAACCGCAUUCCAUAAAAGUAAUAAUUCGACCAUCCAACCUAAUUGUUUACGGAGAGAUGUUUAACAUACAUUGUAUUGUGUUUGAUGAAGCCGGCCAUCCAAUGACACCUGGACAGGAAAUGUUGAUAAGGUUAUCAGUAGACGGUGAUGCCAACGUAGACUUGUUGAAGUCAAACGAAAAUGGGACAAUAACGGAAGCUGUGGCUCUGAACGCUGGGGAGUUUACUGUUACUGCGAGAUUGUAUUCUAUCGCCGGUAGAGCUUUGAUGAAAAAGAUUGAAGGACAGGAAUCUGCGGUAGUGCUUGAACCCCUAGCAGUAGUACCUCCACAAGUUUAUGUAGCAUGGACUGAUAGUGUUCAAAACAUACAACUUCGCCAUCGAGGUGGCGGUGAAGAGCCAGUGACUUGGUCGGGGAGUGAGAUGGAAAGUGGCGCUAUCUCGCUCGCACCGACGGGCGUGGUGACAGUUCGUGACGUCGGCGAGAUGGAAGUUCGCGCGCAUCUCACUGGAUAUCCACAUGUUCGGGCGGGUGGGAGAGUUAUUUCAGCAGUACCCGAUCUAAUCAAGGUAUCAAGCUCAGGCUUCGCACGCGUGGGCCGACUUCAUCAGUUGCACUUGGCGCUCACAGCUACACAUCCCGCUACUGGAGAACUAUAUAAUUUCCAUACAUGCGACUGUGGUUCGUUUGCUGUAUCCUUAUUGGAGGGUCCUGAACCACAAAAUGUUACGGCUGCUUCUUGGCUACAGCCUGUAGAUGGUGCAUGUUGCGUUCUUCAGUGCUUCUGGAGUGCUCGCGGUGUGUCCACGGUGCGAGUUUCGCGCGGCAGGGCGGGCGUUACCGCACGGAUCGCCGUACGCGCCGCACCCACGCUACUGUGGCCGCAACAGGCCGCCGCGCUUGUUGGAGCCACUUUACCGGUGUUGGCUGAAGGAGAGGCUUUAGUGUCGCAAUCUAGUGAACCGCGAGUCGCUGAGCUGACCAAUAGAGAGGGACUUGCGCCACAUCGGUAUCCUGAUGCCCAGCUGUUCACGUUCAAAUGUCGGAGGCAAGGCGAAGCUCAUCUUAAACUAAUAUCGUUCAUGGAUGAAGAGCAAGAAUUUGUGGACUUCGAAGCUGUUUGCGCACCGCACGUCUCCCGGAUACGUCUGGAACCACCUGACACACCGGGCAACUGCUCUGGUGGACCCAGAGUAUGGUUACGUCCAUAUCAGGAAGUUUCUGUAAAAGUCACUCUCCAGGAUGCGAUAGGCCGCGAACUUUUAGAUGAAGAAGGGCCAAGCUUGUCGUGGGAAAUUCAACCUUACCACGUCGGAAUAGAGUAUAGAUCCUCCGACAGGCUGUUCGUUGAGACCAAUCCUGAGUUCGCUAAAGUGCCUGUGCCGCAUAAGUAUUACCAGAUGUUGACAGUAAAUGAACAAGCGAUAGGGUGGAGUGGAUUGCUGAAAGCAAGCAUUCCUGAUGCUACUGCAACUAUUCAAGCCAAAGUUGUAGCGCCCCUGAAGUGUGAUCCGUUAAAGAUUAAUCUGGCCUGGGAAGGCGAAACUGUGUCUAAUAUAGCGACAGUAACUGGAGGUAGCGGUAAAUACUCAGUGGAGACCCCUAAAGGCGUUUCAGCGUCCAUAGAUGCUGGCAGUGUGACCGCUUUGGUGCCAGCUCCCGGAACCUACGACUUGGUUGUGACCGAUUUGUGUGUUGCUGGAGAGAAACAAGUUGUUGAGGUGAACAUAGAAGAAGUACUCAGCGUGGAAGUGUCGACCGCACGUGCGGUUUGCGUCGGUGGAUGCAUACCCAUUAGUGCGUUAGUCAAAGGAAUAUCGCACAGAUACUUGAGCACGAGUCGGGAGCCCGAUUGGAAGACGUUAGGCGAUGUUGAGGUCAAGAAUGGGAGCUUGUGCGGCCUGAAGGAGGGCUUUGGUCGGGUUAGGGCUGCUUUGGGUGGCGUUUGGAGCUCUGAAGUUGAGGUGACAGUGUUCCCCGCGUUGCGUAUAGUCCCCGAACAUACACGUUUACCUGCGGGUGGACGCGUACAGUUGCGACACGUAGGCGGACCGCCGUCUCACCUCGCUACAUUGACAUACCAUGCCACGCAGGGGAAAACGCAUAUGCAGGUGUCAUCGUCUGGCUUAGUACAAGGUGUGUCUACGGGCAGUUCGCGGGUUAAGUUAGUGGCAUCAGAUUUUGCGAAUGUGGAACUUGCUGGUGCUGAAGCCGAAAUCGAAGUGGUGCCAAUAACGAACCUGCGUGUUCGAGCGGCGACACAGACAUUGUUAGUGGGUCGGCCGGGCCCCGUAUGGAUACAAGCUGCAGGGUUAAGUGCUACAGCACUAAUGUCCCUGCAACCCUCGCCGCGUGUCACGUGGAGCCUCCGAGACCCUACGGCUGCGAGGUUAUACACCACCCAUGCUGAUGAUCAGUUGGAGCGAUCCGUAGUGGAAGGGUUGUCUGUGCGUGUGGUACCUCUGAAACCCGGCGUAAUAGCACUUGACGUCCGAGUCAGAAAUAUGGGACAGAUAGCAGAAUCCCGUUUGUGGGACAGCACAAUCGAAAUCCUCGGCGUAUCGGACAUCCGUACAUCAAUCGACGGUCUGUCCCGGGAGUUUAAUACCGGGGACCGCCUCUCGAUCGCCGCGGGUUCAACGGUUCGCUUGAAGUCCUUGCCCCGGGGCAGCUGGUCCGCGUACGAGGAUGGAUCGUUCGAGGUGAAGAACAACGGCGAUGUGGUCGCAGUGAGGCCCGGACACGGAGUCAUAUUUGUGAAACACAAGGACGACCGGAAUAACAUUGACAGACAGAGCGUAAUCCACGUGGAAGUAUCCAAACCCCACUACUGCACAGCGGAGCCGUCGGGAGAGGAAGAAUCUGCAGCGAGGCUUGUACUAAGAAACUCGCUUGGAAGAGAGCUCUUGGCGCCGCAGGCGAACGUGUCGCUUGGCUCGCCGUUCGCCGCGCACGUUCGACGAGCCGUUGACAGUGCCCUCGGUGACGAGCUACUGAUAGCGGGAAUGGAAGUAGGAGGUGCUUUUCUGAGCUUCCAAAGUUCCAUUGGCGGUGUUACCGUUAACGACGAGGUCUGGGUUACGAGUACAGAUUCAUACGCGAACAGGGUUAUAGCCACAGGUAGUUGGGCGGUAUGCGUCGAAGGAGUGGGAUGGCGGGCGCCACCCUCCAUACGUCUAUACCCAGGCGCCGGAGUCACUCUGGCUAUAUUGACUCAAGACGCUUCCGCUCGUCACGUGCUCCGCCUCGACCGUCCCGCUUCCACAUACAUCAUACACCAGAUACCAGUGCAGAAGAUGGAAUUUAUCUCCGGUGAAUGGCCAGCAUCCCUUGUCCCACUGUCCAUUGAAGCUUCUGGUCUGACGUCAAAUCCGCUGAUCUGCACGGAGGAACAGAAGUACGCAUUGGAAGAUGUACAAGUCGAAUUGCCUUACUCAUGCAGAACCAAGGCGCCUCACACUGCGCAACCCAUUUUGGAUAUUAAUACUGGGCAGCUUGGUUGUACAAUAAUCCCAGCAACAUUGAUCAGGGAAGCAUCUGAAGUAGAACUGUGUGCGGAAUGGGGAGUGGCCCGCACUUGUACCAAAGUACAACUUCUCCCACUUGUACAAGUUUCAAGCAUGAAACUCUCACUUCAAAGCCAACCAACCAGCUUCACAGUAACUGGACACCCACACGCCUUGAAACUUGUCAGAAUGACCACAUCUCCAGGCUUGAAACUCGAUAUUGACACAAAAGAUGGUGAAAUCAGUGUUUUAAUUAACAGUGAGUCUGUGACUUGUGGUAUUGGGUGGGUCAAUGUGGUGUCAAAGUUGACGUCUCAAGAGAUUAAAGUUGAAGUGGAAAGGGAAUGCGAAGUUGGCUGUGGAACAUUAUUAGGAGCAAUCUUCUCGCUUAUAAGACCAUUUUUGCCAACCCUUGUGACCAUUGUGGCGUUAGCGGCUGGUUAUACUUAUAUUCAGUCACGUCUACAACAAAAAGGGCAGAUUAAGUUGCCAACUGAACCAGCACAGACUGUGCUGGCUGUAACUCCACCGCAGCGCAAUAGAACCUGGUCGAGAAGCCCAUACGCGUCCGCCGGGCCCGCUGCCCCGGUCUAUGGUGACUCCAGCAUGUUGCCAGAUGCUAGCUUCUCACCAAACUCAACGAGAAUCCACUCAAGAUUCCUUUAGAAGACUGUACCUAUCAGUGACUAAAUAGUAAAAGUGACUUAAGUGUUUUUAUAAUAAACUGCAAAAGUGACACAAGUGUUAAAAAGGGUUUUUAUGACAAGUGAUAUGGUUAGUUACAACCAUGCCAUGUACACUUAAGUAGUUGUGACUAAGAAUUUCCAAAAGUUUUUGUGUAGGAUACUUAGCAUAAAGGAAGUGAGGGAUGCCAGGAGAUGUUAUUUUAGGUUUUCUUUUUUCUCAUCUUGUGCUAGUAACUAUAAAACUUUGGGUUGCUGUUCCAUUAGUUUACGGCACGGUUUUUUUUUCAUUUGAAGUCAUAAUUAAAACAUAAUGGUCAUAGUUUUAAGGUGUAGAAUUAAAUAAAAUAGACUUUGUUCUAUGUUCAAAUAUGCUGCGGGAAUCUUAUUAAUAUGCUUGUAAUAUAGACGUCAAUGUUAAAUCAUUGUUGUCUGUUAUGAUUUUAACUUUAAAAAAAACUACUAUCACCGGAGGUUUACUACUAGCAAUGAUAUUAAACGAUGGUACAGCAGUAUUAUUUUAAAUUGACAGUUCAGUUGACAUACCUUGCUACCCUAAAAUAAAUGAAAAUAUAGUAAUACUGGUGAGAGUGAUAGUAGUAAGAGCCCUGGUGUCUUAUCAAUGAUUGCUUUAUGAAGGCACCUAAUCUAAGACGGACUAAAUAUAAGGAGAUUAGUGAAAAUACUUUUGUGGCAAUGUAAAUUUGCUAAUAGGAUAAAUGUAGCAUGUUUAAUAAUCUUGGAUUUUGUACCUUUUUAUACAAAAAAAAGCAUUUGUGAAACUACUAUAUUAUAGUUACAUAAUUAUUUUUUUUAUCUUAUAUUUAAAGCCUGACCAGGUAAAUAAAAAACCUAGUCAAGGGGCGUCACAUUGGCAUAAAAGUAUAUUUGACACGUAUUGCCAUGCAAAUGUGACGCCGAUUGUAUAGAAAAAAAUGGUUCCUGUUUGAUCCACAAUAUGGCAGGUUUUUUAUUUUCAUAUUUUUCAUACACAUUCAAUUAUAUGUUUAAAAAAUGAUGAAUAUAUAGCAUAAAUACCUGCUUUGCUAAAUUUGUGAAUAUUCUAGUAGCAGAAACCAUAAGGGUUGUAAUUAAAAAGAUUAGUGAGUGAAAUCAUUAAAUUAUUUUUAUAUUUAAUUUAUUUUUUUGAAAUCAUCCAAAAUUGUGAGGAUUGGUUAAUAUAAGAAAAAGUUCAACUUGACUGCAUUUGUGAAUAUCCUAAAGAUCAAAAGGGUUGUUAUUAUAAAAAAAAUUGACAUAAGAACUGACUUUGUUAUUACAACUAAUAAGUAAGAAAUAAAUAUUUUCUACAACAUUUUUAAUUCUGUGCCAUGUUACUUAGUAUAGAUGAUAUACUACAUUUUCCUUUUAGUAGAAGUUUCAGUUAUGUUUUUACAUUUUACUUGGCACAACUUUCUACAAAACUUUGUAGAAAAUAUUAAUUUCUUGCUUGUUAGUUGUAUAACAAAGUUGUUUAGUUAGUGGGUAGGUUUGCUGCAAUCAUACUAAGUUAUUAAUAGCCGACUGUCAAUUGCUCAUAACCUGCUACAAAAUAUUGCUUUUCCCGAAACCAGGGUGCUAUUGCUUGAGUAGUUUUCCUGGCACUUCACCAUCAGGUCCUUUAUUAUGACGAGCAUCUACAAUAUACCAUAAUCACAGCGCAAACAGUGUAAUACUAAUUCAUAUUGUCUAGUUUCGCUGGCCAUCCUUGGUCUUCAUCAUCAGUUGUCGCCCACAUCCUCAUGACCAAAUGGCGCUUUACGAUAGAAAAUGCUCAAGUUACUUUAAAAAUACUCAAAUCGCUAUUGGUGUCCCUAAUUUAUUUGAAAAGUUCCCUCAAUUUCUCCAGGAUCUCUUCACCAGAUCUUAACUUUAUGAAAAUAGGACCACAUGGGAAGUAUAUACAGUCUCAAACAAAAAUAUUAUUAUUCAAAUCGGUUUAUCAGAGUUCUCAGCUAACUAACAUAAAAAAACAAGUGAAUUGAGAACCUCCUCUUCUUUGUAAGUCUGUUAAAGAAUAGCUAUAAUUAGUGAUUUCGUAUUUACAAUAAUAAUCCUAAUUAAUAUUACAUUCCUUCACGCCCAAACUAAGCCACCAAUCAACUAGAUUUUUGCCAUGGUUUUUGUUGAUGGAGGAGGAUGGAGAUUUACUACUACUAGGCUACUUUUACCCCAAAAAAAAACUUUUUCCAUGGAAUUUAAAAAAAUAACCUUAAAACCGCUACUAAUAAAAGGCUACAAUAGCUAGUUAUAUUUUUUGAACACAUUGGAAAUUCUAAUGGUUUUUAAAUAUAUGCUCAGCACAUUAGUUAUUCCCUGCUGUAUUAAUAAUAAAGUAUUCAAGUAACCAAAAAGGUUGUAACAAAAUAGACAUAGUGAUUAAGAAAUUGUUUUUAUUUUUAAUAUGUACUGUAGAUAUGUCUGAAAUUGUCAUUGUAGGGUCAGUAGAGACAACUAAUUUCUUAGCUUUUGUGAAUAUGUAUUCUAAAAAAAUUACUUAAGUUGACUGAUUAUAUUUUUAUAUUGGUUGUUUCAAUUUUCAGACAUUGUACCUUUAUAUCCAUAAUAUUCUAGUGACUGUAAGGCUUGUAACAAAGUUUGUCCAUUCAUAUGUUUCAGAUUCUUCUUUUGCAUAUUGUUAUAAAAAGUCAAGAUACCUUUGUUACUUACCCGAACUAACAUAGUUAGUUUUUAUCUAAUAAAAAAACAUAUUGACAUUAUUGUUACUCUUCUAUCAGUUCAUUUGUUGUAAUAUAAAAUAUAAGGGGACUGUUGUAAUUUUUUUGUUAUGUUAACGUUAAGGUUAGAGUGGCCGAAUAGGCUACUCUUCGCUUGACUUAAGAGAGGGUGGUUUAGUUGUAAAAUUGCAAUUGAAGUUGCAUCUAAGCAACUUUUACCCAUGUGGUAACUGAUUUUAGAGGUCCAACUUUAACAUUGACCCCAUGAGGAGAACACAGGCUCUCUGACUCCAUGACUCAGAGAGCCUGUGUUCUCCUAUAAGAAGUCGUCAUAAGAUCUCAUAGCUGAUAAAUCAUUACGUCUUGUAAGUAUGAUGUUUAACUCAGUUUGGUUCGUCU